UAUGCAUGGAGAUAUGUGUCUAAUUAUCCCACGCCAUAAAACUCUUGUUAGCUCCAUUCUCUUCUUUACUUCUUCAAUAUAAAUUUGCUUCACCUUUCUUCUUCGCACAACAAAAACCCAGAGAGAUCUCAUCUCUCUCUCUGACUUUACCAUACCAUAUAUAUAAACUCCACUCCACACACACACAUAUAUAUAUACCCAUCAUCUUCUUCUCCAUCAUCAAUAUGCUCAGAUCUUUGGCAAGGGGGUUUAAGUUGAUUGGUAAUGAUUUGUUGACAAAGCCUGCAAGCUUUUCUUCAAUAUCUGGAGCAGCUGGAACUGGGAGAAACUUUAAUGUGUAUACACACACAUUGAUUGAGACAAACUUGUCAUUUCAGAGACAAUUAAUUAAGAGACUCCAAGGCAGAGUGGCCGUAAUAACAGGCGGCGCAAGUGGUCUUGGCAAGGCCACAGCCCAAGAAUUCAUCCAUCAAGGCGCCCGAGUCAUCCUUGCCGACAUCAACACCCAAUUAGGCCCACAAGUAGCCCAAGAACUCGGCCCAAAUGCCCAAUUCAUCCACUGCGACGUAGCCAUUGAGGCCCAAGUAGCAAACGCCGUAGACCCGCGGUGCACCAACACGGGGGCGGCUCUGUAUUUGGCUUCUGACGAGGCCAAGUAUGUCACAGGCCAUAACUUGGUGGUUGAUGGUGGCUUCACUUGCUACAAAAAUCUUGCCCUUCCCUCUCAUCAAAAUAUUUAA